CCGCAGUUAAGCUCCACUGAUAUACCAGAAUUUUUGAAGGUUGCCCACUCUUCUUAUGAAGAGGAUAAGGCCAAAUUUGAGAAGAAAAUUGAGAAUCUUUUGAAGGACAAGGCCGAAUUUGAAAUGAAAAUCGAGUCACUUCGGCAUUCUUAUGAAAAGCAAAAUGCCAAAUUUGAGAAAAUUGAGGCACAUCAACAGGCAGACUUUGCUUCUUUUGACAAGGAUAAGGCCAAACUUGAGGAGAAAAUCGAGGCACUUGGUUUUGCUGUCGAAUGCAUUAAGCAGGAACUUGGGAAGUUCAACUGA